CCUGGGUGCCAAGAUAAGGCGGCAGCUGGAGGACCGGGCGUGGGGGUCCUGGGGUUCCUCCGCCUGUGGAGUCCCCAGUGCGGCCACCCGGACUGGGACAGGAGGGAAGGCGGGGGACUGGGGCGGGGCGUCCGCGAGUGUCACGCCCGCCUUCCUCCCGGGCCAGGGCAGCUAAAAUGGCGGCGACGGUGGUGAGAGCGUCCCGCGUCCGGUCCCGGGUCCCGGUCGCUGCGUCGGGGGCGGAGUAGCGCCUUCAGGGCGCUGGUGUCCCGGACACAUCCUGGACCCUGGGGCAUUGGCUCGCGGCCCCUACCUGGGCCUUCGGUCCGUCUGCCCGGCGCGCCCAUGAACUCCGUGUCGCCGGCCGCGGCGCAGUACAGGAGCGGGAGCCCUGAUGACGUGCGCCGCCCCGAGGGCCGCAGGACGCGGAGUCCCAGAGUCCCGGACCCCAACGGCCUGGCACCCUCCGGGGCCAGCGGCCACGCUCUGGGUUCUUCCGGGGCCGCCUCCGGGGAGCCGGACGAAGUGGACAAAUUUAAGGCAAAGUUGCUGACUGCCUGGAACAACGUCAAGUACGGUUGGUCAGUCAAAAGCCAGACCAGGUUUAGCAAGAUCUCCAGUGUCCACCUCUGUGGCCGCCGAUACUGCUUUGAGAGUGAGGGUGACAUCCAGCGUUUCCAAAGGGACUUUGUGUCUCGCCUGUGGCUCACAUACCGCCGGGACUUCCCACCCUUUGCUGGUGGCUGCCUGACUUCAGACUGCGGCUGGGGCUGCAUGUUGCGAAGUGGGCAGAUGAUGUUGGCACAGGGCCUCCUGCUGCAUUUCCUGCCCAGAGACUGGAGCUGGGCCAAGGGUGUGGGCCUGGGCCCUCCUGAGCCACCAGGGUUGGCCUCUCCCAACCAGUACCAUGGGCCUGCCCACUGUAUGUCCCCACGCUGGGCCCAGCAUGGCCCCGAGCUGGAGCAGGAACGUCGGCAUCGGCAGAUUGUGUCCUGGUUCGCCGACCACCCUCAGGCCCCCUUCGGCCUACACCAGCUGGUGGAGCUCGGGCAGAGCUCAGGCAAGAAGGCAGGUGACUGGUAUGGGCCAUCUCUUGUGGCACAUAUACUCAGGAAAGCUGUGGAGAGCUGCUCAGAGGUCACCCACCUGGUGGUGUACGUUUCUCAGGACUGUACAGUGUACAAAGCGGAUGUGGCACGCCUAGUGGCGAGGCCGGACCCUGCAGCUGAGUGGAAGUCUGUGGUCAUCUUGGUGCCCGUACGGCUGGGUGGCGAGACCCUCAACCCUGUGUAUGUGCCCUGCGUGAAGGAGCUUCUGCGUUCAGAGCUGUGCCUGGGCAUUAUGGGGGGCAAGCCACGGCACUCGCUGUACUUCAUCGGCUACCAGGAUGACUUCCUGCUCUACCUGGACCCCCACUACUGCCAGCCUGCUGUGGAUGUCAGCCAGGCUGACUUCCCCCUGGAGUCCUUCCAUUGCACCUCACCCCGCAAGAUGGCCUUCGCCAAGAUGGACCCAAGCUGUACUGUGGGGUUCUAUGCUGGAGACAGGAAGGAGUUUGAGACACUGUGCUCAGAGCUGACCAGGGUUCUCAGCUCCUCCUCGACGACAGAGCGGUACCCCAUGUUCACCCUGGCUGAGGGCCAUGCUCAGGACCACAGCCUAGACAGCCUCUGCUCCCAGCUCCCCCAGCCAACCCUGCAGCUCCCCCGCACUGGGCGGCUCCUCAAGGCCAAGCGCCCGAGUUCUGAGGACUUUGUGUUUUUAUAAAAGGGGUGGGGUGGGGGAGAAGAUAGGAGAAACAUUAUUUAUUUUUUUAUUUAUGUCACACUGGGCGUGGGAGCUUGAACUCUGAUGGUGAUGGUACUUCCCUCCUCUUACCCCACUGAUGAGUGCAGCUGAGACCAGCACAGGAAACCUCCAGGCUGGGGCCAGAGCCUAUAGGCCUGCUUCCUGCCCGCUGGGCCCCGAGCAGGGCAGGAGGGAGGGACAAUAGGCAGGCUCCCAGGCACCCACUCAGGGCCUGACUCAUGUACUGUAGUUUGCACUGGACCGCCUGUGCCCCUCACUGGUCUUCAAAGCCCCUGUCCUGCCAAGGCCUGGUGGCAUGGCAACUAUAGCUGCUCGGGGCUAAUAAAGCCGUCUGACUUGACCUCA